AUGAAUAAACCUUUAAAAAAAAGAAGAUAGUCUACUAUUUAUAGAUAAUCAAUGGCUUUAUAAGAAUUCUCACAAAAAUUGCUAGAGAAGAAUGAUUAAUUAGCCUCCGAAAUUUAGAAAAUAGUAAAGAAAUUAUCAGUAAAACAAAGAAUGAAGAAAGCAAUUCGACAUAUUUAUGAUGCAUAUUAUUUAAGAACUAUUCGAAAUGAUAUCGAUUUAACCAACAAAAAAUACCUAAAAUUCUUUUGGUAUUUAGAGAACAAUCAAUUUUGGAUUGCUUUUCUCUUUUUGUUAUCAAUUAUCUAUUAGGUAAUGACAUUCUUUGAAUUGCCAUUUCCAGAAUAGGACAUGGAGGAUAAUCAUAAUUUAUUGAUAUUAGAGAGCAUAAUUUUAGCAUUUUUAGGAAUUGACUCACUAAUUACAAUAGUUUUAUUGGUGACUAAAAAGGAAAAUAGAUUUGCAUUUAAUCCAAAAAGGUAAUUUAAAUUGAUUGUCUACUAUGUGUGCCUAAUCGAUUUUAUUAUACAUAGUAAAGAACCUAAUAUCAUGAGAUUCAGUAGAAUAUUUAGGACUUUACUAAUGCCUAUGUAUUCAAAAGACUUAAGAAGAAAUUUAAAAGGCAUAAUGAAGGCAAGUCGAGAUUUGUUCCUUUUAAUUUUGCUUUAUCUAAUCAUUAUUUCAAUAUUUUCAUUUGUAGGCAUCAAUUUGAUUGGUCGUUUGGAAAAUGUAGAUUUGAGGACUCAGGAUUAUGGAGACUUUUUUAAAUUUUUUUCGAUGUUGUUUAUGGUGGCAACUCUAGACUUUUAUCCUGAUAUUCUAAUUCCACCUAUGUUACAAGGUACUUUUUAUAGUCUAUUCUUUAUAAUUUAUUUGUUACUAUUCAUCUUCCUAUUUGCACCUAUUCCACUUGCAGUUGUAUACGAAGGAUUUAGAAGACAUAGGAUGGAAAUAGCAAUCAAUGAUAUAAUAAAAUAGAAAUCAGCUAUGAUGGCCAGUUUCAUCUCUUUGGAUUUGACAGAUCAAGGAUUUUUGUCGCAUACAUAGUUUCAAGAAUUUAUUGAAUAGUUUUAUGCAAAUAGCAUAAAUAAAGUGGAUAUGGCUACCUUGUUUUCUUUAAUUGAUUAGGAUUUUAAGUAAAAAUUCAAUAAGAAAUAGUGAUAAGGUUCAAUUUGAUGAGUUCUACAAAUUUCUUCAUUUAAUUUAGGAUGGCUCCAUUUUUAAAUUGCCGGAAAGAAAACCAUUAGAAUGUUGGGAAUCCUUUAGAGACUAUUUUAAUUCCAAGGGUUUGUUGAAAUUUGUAGAAGGAAAUGUACAAAUUGCUUAUGACUUUAGGUUUUUAGUAUAGGUAUGUUGAUGAUAACCAUAUCUAAUUGUGUUCUUAUUGUGACAGCCUUUUUUAUUGAUGAUAUGAAUAUCUUGGAUAUCUUUACAUUACUUGAUACAGUGUACUUGGUGUUUUACGCUCUUGAAUGCAUAGUAAAAAUAAUUGCAUUGGGAAUUAAACCUUAUUUCUAAGAAGGAUGGUAUAUAAUGUAAUUAAAAUAGGAAUGUGUUUGACAUCUCAUUAGUAAUUUUGCAGAUUAUAUUUGAUUACAUACUAUUCAAUAUUGUAUCUGGAAACAUAGUUCAAUCAAUUAAAGCAAAUCGAUUGUUGAGAUUGGCCAAAAUAUAGAAGGUCUUUCGAUUAUUUAGAGCAUUUAGAUCAAUUAAAAUAUUAAAUUUCUUUUUAUCUGGAUUAGAAUUUUUGGAUAUUGUUAGAAACCUGCUUUAUAAAAUUAUAAUAUGUGUCCCAUUGAUAUUUCGAUUGAUGUUGCCCGUUUAAAUGAUAUUCUUCAUAUAUUCUUGUGUUGGGAUGUAUCUAUUUGGUAAGAUCUAAAGGAACCCAGAGAAUCCUUAUGCUAAUUCUCAAUGUGAUGCUAAUUUAUUUGAAUAUCAAUGGGGUAAUUGUAAAUAUGCAGACUUUACAUCGUUCUCUGGAUCUUAUUUGAUGAUGUUACAGAUGUUUAUUGCGGCAGAAUGGAAUCAAGUUGUAUUUGAAUUGACAUAUGAUACAGAUGACAUGUUAUCAGCAAUGAUAUUUGUUGGUUCCUUCGAAUUUUUGUCGAUUUUUCUAUUGGCUUUGAUAGGUGGUUUAGUGUGGGAAGUAUUUUCAGUAGUGUCAAUGCAACUUCGUUAAGCAGAAGAGCAAAUUCCUUAAGAGAAUGAAGUCUCUUAGGAUUAAGAUAUUUGUGCCUUUUCUGGAACUCAAGUAGAUUCUAAAUAUACUCCUGAAACAGCAGCUAAUCAACUGAAAAAGAAGACUCUUAUUUUAAAUGAUGAUAAUCCUGAUGUAAUUAAAUUUUAGAGGAAAUUAAGAUCGGACAAAAAGAGCAAAUCACUUACAAAGGUUUAUAAUCCUUAAAGGAGUAUAUCUGAACAUUUGAUAAAAGAUGAGAAACCUGAUCUAGUAAUAAGUCAACCAGGAUCAAGAAAUCAACUUUUACCCAAUUAUAAUUCAAGUCGUAAACCAGUUGGAUUCCAUAAUACACAAUUUGAUCAUAAAAUAGGAACCAAUAUUGUAGAGCAUUAUGAAUAGCAUUUCAUUGAUUAUUAAGAAUGGGUCGUAAAAUAAUAAGGGGAUGGUUUGGACAUGAAUUAGGUGGCUAAUGAUUACAUGAUUCAUUUGAGAAACGAAAUAAAGAAGGAUGAGAUAUUUCAAAAGAAGAAUGUUAACAUAUCUAAUCAUCACUUACUUAUUUAGAGUGCAGUAUUGAGAGAUGCUUCCGAAGUUUACAUUAAAUAAUAAGAAGAUAGAUUUUUUAAAAUGUCAUUCGGGAAGAAAUUUGAGAGAAUUAAGGAAUUGAAAUUUUAGAAUAAGUUUAAAGUUGAGAGUAAAAUCAUAUUUUCAUUAAUGGGCAUCUUGAAAUUCCCUAAACCUAAUGUAAAGUAUUACUUUUAAAUUUUAUACUUAAUCGAGAAUUAUUUCACUUACUAAUUACUCUAGGAUUCUUCCUUUUUUAAAAUGAUUCAUUAAAUUAAUAAUAAAUGGUAUGCCAUAAGUAUAGACGAUGGAUAAAUAAGUUUUCAAAAAUUGGAUGCUGGACCUUGGGAUCACUCUGAAGAAUUGUUUUAAUUGACAAAUAUGAGAAUAUGUUAGAAUCUAAGAUCUUUGUAUGAUACAGGGAAUUAGGAAUGUCUGUAGAGUAUAAACUAAUUUUCUGAAAGCGUAAAAGUAUUAGCCAAACAUUUCGAUAUCAAUUUGGCAUCUAUUGAUACAAAUAGUAGUUGUCUUAUGUAUCAAAUAAAAAAUGACAAGUUUAUCCCAAGUAAUAUUGAUACUCAUUCAUGGAAAAUGAAGAAAUGUAUACAUUAAUUAUUAUGAACUUCUAGCAAAUGUAACUUUGGAUGACCAAUCUCCGAAUACCAAUUAAAUAGUUUACUUAGAGUCGCAGAAUUUAAUUAAUGGCUAAGGAUUCAUUAAGAAGGAUUAAUCUAUAAGUUUGGAUGAGUACAAGUAUGUCAGUAAAACUAUAAUGUUUAUUUUGACUUAAACACAAGCUAAAGAAAAACGCAUUAUUUAUUAGAAUCUUAUAAUGUUAGCGUAAUUUCUAUAAGAUUUGGUUGGAGUCAUUCAUAAUUACGAAUCAAAUUUUUUCAAAUAAAUAGAUAAUCUCUUUGAACUCAGAAACUAAUAAAAAGUAAAGAGUGUACCUAAAUUGUGA